GUCGCUCCUGCUGCGCGCAUACGCGAUACCCACGCCAUGCCCUCUCCGCCGCUCGCCGACACCCAGGCGCUCGAUUCAUCGCACGGCGCGUCCACAAACGGCAUCAGCGGUGAAGGUGCUGUCCAGCCCGCAAACGCUCCGACCAGCCUCAAUGGAUCCGACACCGCGUCCGCCGAAAACAACGCGAUUCGGGACGGAAAACAAAAGGCAAAGGCCGUCAUGGUCGCCUCUGGCCUGAACCUCGCUGGCGCGCAGUCCGACACAGCAUCGCCAGCGCAUCCCGAAGCCAUCAAUGGCGCGUCGCCCAGUCGAAAGCGAUCGCGUUCGGGCACCCGCAAAUCCUCCCACUCGCCCUCCCAAGAGGGCGCGGCGCGACCCACGGCCUCGCAGACCCAUUUGCUCAACCGCUACAUUGCGCGCGACUUGUUGGACAGUGUGAACAAGUACGAGCGCAACAAGCACUCGGAAAAGGUCUACGGCGAAUUGAACGACCUGCGCCACUUUUAUCGCGAUGAAGUAUAUCCCGUCCGACGCCAAAACCCCGGCGCAAUCUUUGGCUAUGGCUAUGCCGGUUACGGCAACGGUCUGACUGAUAUCCCUCCGGAUCCUAGAGACCCCCGAGCCAUGCCGCAAACGAAGCUUCUGUAUCCUGAACAUGCCAAGCGCGCUGGCCGUCGUCUCGCUCCCCAAUUGAAGGUUUCGAAAGAGAAGGGGCUUCAGCAAGCAGAGCAGAUUGAGGAGCUUGUGCCCAUAAGACUCGACAUUGAACUGGACCGACUUAAGCUCCGUGAUACCUUUACUUGGAACCUACAUGACCGCGUUACCAACCCUGUCUUGUCCAGGACUACUACCCCCCACGCCUUCUUCGACGACGAGCCCUUGGAUCCUCACCAGCCAUACUCGGCGUACAAGAACGAUGAGAUGCGCAUACUAAUCAAGCUGAACAUCACCAUUGGUCAACAUACACUUGUGGAUCAAUUUGAGUGGGAAAUCAACAACCCGCUCAAUGCGCCUGAGGACUUUGCAAGACAAAUGGCUGCUGAUCUGUCCCUAUCUGGCGAAUUCACAACAGCUAUUGCACACUCUAUAAGAGAGCAGUGCCAAAUGUUCACCAAGAGUCUCUACAUCACAGGCCACCCCUUUGAUGGACGACCAGUCGAGGACACGGAUAUCCAGGACAACUUCCUGGCCUCUCCACUUCCCACCGUAUUCCGCCCUAUGCAGUCUACGAAGGACUACCAGCCAUACCUAUACGAGCUCAGCAACGCCGACCUGGAACGCGCCGAACUGUCAAUCAUGCGUGAACAGCGACGACAGAAGCGCUCAGUCAAUCGACGUGGUGGGCCUGCCCUACCAGACCUCAAAGACCGCCAACGGACUGUGCGCACAUUGGUGGUUUCUUCAGUUCUACCUGGCGCUGCAGAGAGCAUCGAGGACAGCCAGCUGUUCAAAGCGACUCGGAAAGUACGAGAAGGCCGUCGCCGCGGCGCUGAGGGUAGUUCGGACGAGUCUGACAGUGAUGAUUCUGUCAUGGAAUCUCCUGCGCCGGCGCAGCUGACCGGAGGUACUGCUCGGACUCGUGGUAUGCGUGGAGCUGCUACUGCGGCUCAGGCUGCGAUGCGUUCAGCCAUUGGACGAUCAGCAACCCCAGAGGUCUCUACACUUCAGACUCACCAUGAGCCGCGUGCGUCAAGAUCACUACGGUACGAAGCACGGGAGGAGAGCGUUACCGAGCCUACCACAUUCAUUGUCAAACUUCGCAUAUCAUCUGCGAAGCUGCGAGAGUUUCAAAGAAAUCCAAAAGCCUUCGCAAAGUCUGCUUCAACGCCCAUGAUGGCACCCUCGCAAACUCCAGCGCGAAGCACACCUACUGCCAACUCGAUGCCUCCACCGCCAUCACCAGCUAUGCCUCCUCGUUCCACCCCAGCCGCGGCGUCCGAAGCGUCGCCGCGGCCACCAACUACGCCCACCCCGACAGCAUCGAAUAAACAAUUACAAUACAAGCCGGAUGGAUCUAUGGAGGCGGCUUGGCCAGCGCCUCCGGUUGCACAGCACCCUCCCCCGCCUCCAUGGCUCCAACAAGGGCUGCAGGAACUGCGUGAUCGCAAUCCUGGAGAGCUCUUCGAAUCGACCAUGCGUUAUGCCGUCAUGAAUGAGCAAUACGAGGAUCCGAAGACCGGCGUCAUUUCCUCCAAACCAGUCAAGAUUGACACAAUAGCUCCGAACGCACCACUCCCUGCGAACUACAAGGCAUAUUUCCUGCCACGGAUUCGAUGCAUGGACUGCCCUGGAAAACUAUAUAACGCGGGACCUGAACAGACAGUCAACAAUUUUGAACUGCAUUUGAAGAACCGGAUACACAUGGAAAAUGUUCGUAAACGAACGGGUCAGCCUAUGCAAGGCUAGCACCAGCCUGGCCUGACUUGGAAGUAGGAAAUAACUGUUUGGGAAGCAUAGCGGGUACUUUCUUUGUCAUACAUUCCAGCGCAUUCCAGGGUUUAGACGCCCUUGUACAAACAGCAGAUGGGAUUGGGGAGCAUGUGGAGUUGCGCAUACUGUACGAUCAACGUGCUGGGACAUUGGCGUUCUCAUUUGCCGGCAACACUUUGGAAAUUUAUAGCCCCCAUCUUGGAUCAUGAAGUCGAACAAUGGGAACAAAUGCAAUCUUAGAUAUUUUUUC